CUUCCUUUUCUCUUUAUAAAUAUUUAAAUAGACAGAGAGGUAUGAAUGCGGGAAGACCCUCUUGUGCCUUUCCAGAAAUUCGGACAAGGCGACAUGACAAAGGCACGAAACCAAAGAUUAUUUUCUGGAAUUAUUCAGAGCACGAAGUGCAGAUAAUAGUGAGCGUAAAAAAUCAUGAAAAUAUUGGAAAUGUCAUGGUUGAUAAUAAUCCAUAUGUUUAAGACAAUACUCAACAUACCUGAUGGCAUUAAUGGAAACUGGAAGUGGGAUACUUAUCAAGAAGGAAUUAUGAGACCACUGAAUAGAGUUGAUAUCAAGGCUGAAGGCUCGCAUUACGACUCCACUCACAGCUAUAGUACAAACUCAGACACUUUACUUUUUGCUUCUCAGAACCAGGUAAAUGAGAUCUGAAGAGAGAAUGAAGAUCUAAAGAUCAAAAUUGAAACCCUGAAAUAAUGAAAAUAAGAAUAUUCGUGAACAAAAAGAUCAAAUCUUGAAGACAUGGAAUGAAGAGUGAAAUGAGAAUAUAAAAUUAAAGCAGAAAAUAAAUACCUUACUCCAGUCUUCAUACAAGCUUUCGCCUACUGUGAAGGCUACCCCACUGAGUCAUGUAGAAAAUAUAGCUCCUGCUGUUAACUCUAAAUGUACAUGAACGCCUCUUUCUGUUUCAUUAUCUUCAGUGAACCAGUCAUUGUUUAUGGAUUUAUUAUCGAAGCUUCAUGAUGCAUUAUGAUGACCAUUGUCGCAGACACUGCUAGAGACACCAGUAAUAACCCCUCUUGGGGAUACCUUUUCAAAGGAAUCGUUUAAGAACCAUAUAAUAAGCAAAGGGUGAAAAGAUAUGGACAAGCCAGAUACAUUUCUGGCCAGCUUUACCCAGAAUUAUCUAUCAGAUUCAAAUGUAACUUUCCGGCAUCCUUUUGUCAGACUAAAAUUGGCAGCAUCACAGAUUUAUCCUAACAAAGUGAUUAAUGAAAUCCUGAAAAUUUAUAACGAAUACUGAGAAGUAGGAAAUAUGAAGGUAUAA